GGAAGUUAUAGAUAGCAGCAGGCAAAACGGGCAGGCAGGCUAGUACACCGCCAGCCAGCCAGCUCUCUCUGAAAGUUGCCAUGGCAAUGACGUCAGAGUAAAAGUAGUUUUUCCACCCGUCGUCUUUUUCAAGAUGGCCGCGUACGUGUGUGUGGUGCUCGAGCGGUGCUGCGAGUAGUAUUUGCCCACCGGAUGGACCCUGGUAGGUGCAGCCGCGGUGCCAGCCUCGCCUAGUGCGGCCAGUUGGCUCGACCCAGGUGCCGUGUGCCAGUGCGGUUCGCUGAUGUCGCGCUAACCCUUCCGCCGCGGCUGCAGCAGCAGUCGGAUUCUGCUCUGCUCUGCUCGUCUCACUGCACAUCUGUCCGGCCCUUUUGGUCCCGAGAGCCGCUGCAUCAUGUCCCUUCUCAGCGUCACAGUCAAGAAAGCAAGAUAUGUCGGAGUUCAAGCUGCACAAUUCAACUCGUACUGCACGCUCAAGCUCCAGAAUGUGAAAUCCACGACUGUAACUGUGAAAGGUGCCAACCCUUGUUGGGAGCAGGAUUUCCUCUUCGAGACCAACGAUGUAAACACGGGUCUGCUAAUUGAAGUGUGGAGCAAAGGAAUGAUCUGGGACCGGGCCCUCGGCUACAACUACAUCCCACUCACUGAAGUCCAGUAUUCCAACGAGGAGGGCUCCUGUCAACAAUGGCUUGCACUUGAGGCUGAGUUGGUGAUGAGAGAUGGCGAGGUUGUUGGCACCAAAAAUCCCACCGGCCACUCGCUGCUGGUCGACUGUCGCUUUGAGCUUCCAUUUGUUUCUGAAGAUUGAAUCACACUGAUCCAAAAACGCCACUCUUCUAAUUUCACCAACACGUACUUUGCCUCCUCUCUGGACUGAUGGUUCAAUAGCUUUUAUGGAUAUGCAUGAAAUGGCUGCAAACUAUAAUUUUUGAUCGAGAAAGCGAUUUGUUUUCUGCUGCGACGAGUUUUUCAUUGAGCGAUUGGUGCGCUUCGAUAAAUUGGAGGUUAAUUUUCUCUAGUUUCUGACCGGGGGCAGCGACUUACAAAUUGAAUUUCUUUCGCCCUGCCGAUUUCAUCUCUCAUAAUAACCUUCUUUUGCUCCUCUUUCGCCCGCUCCUCGGCCGCGGCGUUACGGCAUUCGCUCCUAAUUACCCAUAAUUACGACUUACCUGUUCUUACAAUGUGGCCCAACUUUGGUAAUUGCCCCUCCCACAUGCAAACCACCACCACUCUACCACCUUCUUGUAUUCAUUAGUGUCCCCAUAGAAACUUGGAAAGUCUGUGUGUAUGAUCAUGAAAUUUCUUAAGUGCUUCUGCCGAGAAUUUCAUCAGUAUCAUCACAUCACUUUGCGAAUCUCUCAAGGUGAUUAGCCAAAACGAGCCUCUCUGAAAUUCUGGACUUAAUGACGUGCGAAACGUAAUGUGAAACUGAUUGGAAAACUAGUUUCUCUCUCUCUCUCUGCCGGCAGGGGAUGCGUUGAUUUUCUUUUUUCCAGGCUUAUUAGCACUGGAAUUCAAUUUCUUUAGUGUCAAUCGAUUCCUGAUGGUCGAAUUAAA